AUGGCUUCGACCAACCUCGACGACGGCACCUGGACCCUAGACGCGCUCAAGAUCAGGAUCACAAGCCACCCGCUAUUCAAGCAGCAUGGAAUGGAGAUGCCGGCAAAAAUACUAGAGCAGGAUCUCAAAAGUGCCGCCCGACUCUUUGACCAACACGACUCGUCGAGUACGAUAGCGGACGGCAAAACCCCUCGACCACUGGAGUACCAGUCCUACACUGUCAACCCCGAUCUGAGACCUAUGGCUGCUGCAGCUGGUCUGAACAAUACUCAUGGAAAGGAGUUUAGCAAGGCUGUUCUCGCCCAGUGGUUACAGCGGUGGGAUGUCGAUCAUGCUCCGCGCAUGGCUAUGUUCCUGCCACGCCCAAAGAAGAAUGGCACGUCUGUUGUCCCCAAGGUGAUUGUCCAGACACAAAAUCAGACUGAACUCAAGCCAGCAGAUUCCAAGAAACGAAAGAUUGUGUCGAACAUGCCUUUCGUGCCACAGAAGCGCCACGACAUGACCAGAGCAAUGACCAAAGAUGAUGAUGUUGAGACGCUCGACGGAGGCAACCUAGAUGACGACCGUUCCCGCCCGCAGUCUACGACAAAGACUAAUACGCCGACUCGAAGACAACGCCAGAAGAACACAAGUUCUCAUGAAUCUCGAACCAGCCAAACAAUUGCUACCCAGACACACCUCGACGCAAACAAACAUAGGGGGCUACGAGUGCGCAAACUGGUCGCCGAAGACCAAGACCACGAUUCCACAGUCGGUAACACAGGCCGUAUCGGUGGAGAAAGCGAUGUUGAAGUUAUUUCUGGUAUUGGACAGUCGCAAGGAUUCGCUGGGGGACGACGUGGCCCUGGACUGAAGGUGACCAGAGGUGGAAAAGCUCGGAAGAAAGCCACGAGGGCUGGUGCGACAAAGACUACGAAGCAACUCGCAGAUGAACAGCAGCAGAAGGAUGAUGAAGAAGAGCUGAGGAUCUACAACCAGCUUCGGCAUGGGCGCUACUCUGAUCCUCUUCUCGCAGACACCUAUCGUGUCAGGAACAAGACAGUCCUUGUGCGUAUGGAAGGGCACGUCCGACCUGGUGUUAAGCCGGCACCUAGCGAACAACUGGGCACACGGCGCCUCUACGAGCGUGAGGUGGACUUGGCAAGGGAACAAGGAAGGGAUCUAGAUCUUUGGAUGGGUGGACCCUCGCCUUGA